ACACAGACCUACCAUUACGUCAGCCUAAAUGACCGACUGACAACGAACUUGUCGUUACUUCGAAAUCGGCCAGACACAGCGGGCACACGGUAGCUAUAAUCACGAUACGAUGUUGCUAUAAAAUCUGUGCCGAAAGCGAAGGUGGUCCACAAAAAGAGAAACCGCUCGAUCUUUUAACAACGUCUAAUGUGCUAGUGUCUCCUCAACGGUCUCACGAUGAAGUCGUUCCUGAAUAGCUCUGCACUUCUCCUCCUAACCAGUUUAUUACUACUGUUGACUAUUAAGUUUGCAUCGGCAGCUGUGACGAAAGCCAGAUUGGAAAGUGUAGGACGUGAGGAUCCCAGUUCCACCGUGACGGGAAAAACCAGACCGAGCAAAAGUAGAAGUGGCGAGGAUUGGAACGUGAACGAACAUCCCCUCGACUUCAAUACAAUACACGACAGUGUGAGGGCAUCUAUACGAGAAAUCCAACAAAACCUAACAGCAAAAAAUAACGCAUCGCAAAGUCACUUAACUGAAUAUCGAUCUGCCACAAUCCAGGCUUGUCAGAUAAGUGUAUUCUACGACUGCGCUCACGUCUUCAUACGUCGGGAUGAACUUCAGUCAUAUUUUACAGUUAAGGCUUCAACCCUCUCUGAGUGCCAGUUCAAGUGGGCAGAAUGUACCUCGGAUAAAUUCAUGGACUGCCUCCGAAAAGGCAAAGGAUGCCAAAACGCAGCUACGAUGAGCUCGCCAACAACGAAAACGGCGGUCUACUAAAUAGAUUUCAACUGUGACUUCGCCCACAAAGUAUGCGCAAAUAAAGAAUAACCGAUGGACAAAAAAUCAUUUUCAAGGAACCAAUUUUGAUUAUGUUGCACGUAUUGAGUGAGCGAUUGGUUACGAAGAUUGUAUUAAAAUGAUGGAAAUUUGACUAAUAAAUGCUGCUUAAAUAUUUUC